AUGAUCCGUGAUUAUCUUCUUCUGUCUUUGCUGGCCGUGUGCGGCGCAGCUGUGAAGAUCUCUGUUGCUUCGGAGGGGGGGAAUGCGACGAGUAACCUGCAAUAUGGUAUUAUGGAGGAGGAAAUCAAUCACUGCGGCGACGGCGGCCUCUACGCAGAGCUGAUUCGCAAUCGCGCUUUCCAGGGCUCGACCAUGUACCCUGCUAACCUGGACGGCUGGGCGCCAGUCGACGACUCCCUCCUGGCCCUCAGUACCCCGAGCGUGCCCCUAUCCGCUGCGCUGCCGACCUCGGUCAACGUGAAGGGGUCGAAGGGCACCGUGGGUCUCACCAAUGUGGGGUGGUGGGGCAUUGAGGUCAAAGAGCAGAAGUACACGGGCUCGUUCUACGUCAAAGGUGCCUACAAGGGUGUCUUUACGGCCUCGUUGCAGUCGAACACGACGGGUAAGGUGCUGGCGAAAACUAAAAUCAAGUCGAAAAGCGUUGGUGAUGCGUGGACGCAGCAUACUUUUACGCUGAAGCCCAAGGCGGCGGCGCCUGAUGCUAAGAAUACCUUUUCGCUCACGUUUCAUGCGGGUGUGACGGAUGACGGAUCGCUGGACUUUAAUCUUAUUAGUCUUUUCCCGCCGACGUGGAAUGAUCGUCCUAAUGGGCUUCGCAUUGAUCUGAUGCAGGCUAUGAAGGAUUUCGGACCGAAAUUCCUGCGCUUCCCAGGUGGCAGUGACCUCGAGGGUAGCACCCUCGAAGACCGCUGGAAGUGGAACGAGACCAUCGGCCCGCUCACGGAUCGUCCCGGCCGCGCCACGGCCUGGGGAUACCAGCAGACGAGCGGCAUCGGUCUGGUGGAGUACAUGGAGUGGUGCGAUGAUCUGGAACUUGAACCGAUCCUCGCCGUCUGGGCCGGCCUCACCCUAGACAAGCAUGUCAUCCCCGAAGCCGAGCUCGGCCCCUACAUCGACGACGCGCUCAACGAGCUAGAAUUCCUGAUGGGCGACGCCGACACCGAGUUCGGCGCCCUCCGCGCCUCCCUCGGAUAUCCCAAGCCGUGGAAACUCCGGUACGUCGAGAUCGGCAACGAAGACAACCUCAACGACGGUCUAGAGUCGUACAUAGAGUACCGCUUCCAAGCAUUCUACGACGCCAUCAAGGCCAAGUACCCCGACAUGAUCAUCCUGGCCUCGACUGUCGAUAUGGAGCUCACCGGUGACGCGGGCGGCGACUACCACCUCUACGAUACGCCAGACAACUUGACCGUGCGGUUCAACUUCUUCGACCAGUAUAGCCCAAAAAAUCCGAUUCUGCUCGGUGAGAUUGCUGCGACGGAGUUUAAUAACGGGAAGGGCAUCGACUGGGAUGAUAAGAACUUCGCGCUGUAUCCGUGGUGGAUUGCGACUGUUUCCGAGGCGGUUUUCUUGUUGGGUGCUGAGCGGAAUGCGGAUAAGAUUAUUGGGACUACUUAUGCUCCCUUUUUCAUGAACCUCAACGAUUGGGAGUGGUCCCCGACCUUCAUUUCCUUCAAUGCGGACUCGGCGCAGACUGCCCUUUCCACGAGCUGGCAUCUCUACAAGUUAUUCUCCGAAUCCCACAUAACAAACACCCUCCCAACAACCUCAGAAACCGAGUUCGGACCCCUCUACUACGUCGCCGGCCUCGACAGCGCCACCGAAUCGCACAUCUUCAAGGCCGCCGUGUACAACAGCACCGAGCCCGUGCCGGUGUCGCUCACCUUUGAGGGUGUCAAGGCGGGCAGCCCGGCCGAGUUGACCGUGCUCACUGCGCCUGAUGCGUUCGCCAUGAAUGAGGUUGGGGCCCCGAAUUUGGUGGAUUCGAAGGUCAAGACUGUAAAGGCUGGUAAGGGAGGCGCGUUUGAGUUUGAGCUGCCUGAUUUGAGUAUUGCCGUGUUGAAGACGACUUAAAUCCAGUAGAUUCUUU